AUGAAGACUCAAGAUGAACAGUUGACCAUGCGAGAACUUGAGAUGGAGAUCCGAAGUCUGAAGAAGGAGCUCUCUGCUUCCCUUGAGACGCUGAAGAGCCUCAACGCCUCCUUUGCCUCUCUUCCUCAGCUGCCGUGGGAAGCCACCGGAAGGAUGAAAAUCGGUGGCCUGGGCCUUCUCAUGCAGAGGGGAAGGUACGAGGUGUGGGUAUGCGACUACGAAAAUCGUUGUGUGCAAGAGGCAGGAGAUGCCAUGUGCUUUGUCUUCGACGAAGUACAGGAAGUCUUCUUGCCCUGGGGGCUAGACUCUCAACUGCUUUUGACCACGCCCGAGCCGUUCCAGCCCGACCUCGCCAUCUCUCAAAUCCUCACUCAGCUCAAGGCCCUCCAGCAGCAGAUCCGCUCAGGGGGAUGCGGGGGUUCUUGUUUAAACCAAACGGACGUGCAGCUGCUGCUGGACAGGUACUACCUCGAGCCCGGCUACCUGUGGAGCGCCAGCAGGUUCAGCGAGUGCAGCAGCUUGUGCGGCAGCGGAGUGGCGAGGAGAAGCAUCACAUGCAUCUCCAAGCUGCAGGCACCAGUCGAAGACUUCCACUGCUCCAACCGCUCGAAGCCUCUGGCGGAGGUUCCCUGCCUCAACUUCUCCCAGUGUUCCUACGAGUGGGACAUCGGAGCCUACAGCGAGUGUCUCUCUGCCUGCGGGCCAGGCUACCGGCGUCGCUCCAUUGCAUGUCGAAGAAGUGAUAGUAUGAGCAUGGAUUGGACCAAAUGUCUUGGCUCAACUCCAGUCGAGGAGGAGGUAAGCUACGCUCAUCUCCUUUCUUUCUCUGAUCUCGCGCACCAGCCUUGCAUCGACUUCUCCUCCUGCUCCUACCGCUGGAGUACGUCAGCUUGGGAAUCAUGCUCUAGCACCUGCGGCUCCGGCUUGCAGUACCGGUCGGUGAUAUGCAUACGGUCAGACGGGGUGGAGGUGGAGGACGGAAUGUGCGAGGGGUCGAAGCCAAGGACCUUCCAAGCAUGCACGGGAGCGUCGGGCUGUAACUACACCCUGAUCAACGAGUGCGCCAUGCACACUGACAAUUGCGCGACCCAUGCGAGAUGCAUUGAUACGUAUGCGAGCUUUGAGUGCAUCUGCAAGGAAGGGUACUUGGGUUCCGGCACCAUGUGUGAGGAUGAAGAUGAGUGUGUGACAAAGUCAGGAUUGUGCGAUGCAGCAACGACAACAUGCGUCAACACAGAAGGAAGUUUCCAAUGCUUAUGCAGCUUGGGUUUCUACCUGGACAUAAUGUCACCUUCAAGCUCUUGCAUCUCCUGCCGCACGGGUCACUACACCUCGGAGCCCGGCCAGACAACUUGCAGCUUAUGCGCCCCCGGCUACUACGGCUCAGUAUCUCGCAACUGCACGUCCUGUCCUCCAGGAUCGUCGUCACUUGCAGGAAGCCAGCAGGUCUCGGACUGCAAGUGCCAGUACGGUUUCUCUGGGAUCAUCUCAAAUUCUUCAGACAGCUGCAAGCCCAUCUUCUCCAACGUCGAGGAGCAGUCGCGAUGGUUCAGGCUCGGAGCCUCGGGCAUGUCGUGCGCUGAGACAUGUGCGGCAGAAGGGAAGACGUGCGUGAGCUCAGCGAUCAACCAGAUAGUCGAUGAGGAGACGAUGCAAUCAGCCAUGAGAGCAGCGAGCAUCGCAUCCGAUCGACGAAUCCGAGGAGCGAUGACGGAGCCGCAGAAGAGACCGGGGGCCCUUCACUUCCGGAUGAGCGCGGGAGCGCAUGGGGCAGGAGGAAAUGCACUGCAGGACCUGACAGCAAAUAGCGGGCACGUGCGACAUCGACGAUACGUGGAGCACGGGGUCACAAAGUUCCUUGUGAUUCCAACAGGUUCUGUUUGGAAUAUUUGGAUCUCGCAGUACAUGUAUGUGGAAAUACCGACAGAGCUGAAGGGCUCGAGAAGAGUUACGAUUAGUGUGACUGUGGAUAAUGCUCGAAGCAGCGAUCAAGCGAAAGAAUGUUACAUGAGGCUUGCGGGAAGACGAUAUAACUUCUACGAUACUCAUACAGGAGUGUUUCGACCAUUACAGCAGAUUCACUUAAGAGUUGAGCUUCCCAUGGAAGAAGCUACGGCUGAUGGUAUCCGCAUUGGUCCCAUCUAUACCUCUUCGGCAAGAAUCGAUUCCGCUUCCUUUUAUGGACCCUCGUGGAGGAUUUCGGUCGGGGAGAUGAAGGAAAUCGAAGAGCCUCUGAGCGUCAUGUCGGAUGGCGAGCUUAAGUACGUCAACGGCUCUACCAAUGAUGUCGUUAUCUUUCCCCCUUCCAGUAUCCCAAGCCCUGUCUUCACCCUCUGCUCCAUCUCCAGGUACAACGGCGGCAUAAGGAACAGAGUCCUGCAGGCAUCGAGCAGUAACUUCCUGCACGGGCAUUGGAACGGAGGACGAGGACAAGCCUUCUACGACGGCUCUUGGAACCUGAAGCAGGACCUGAGCAACUCAGCAGACGCUUGGGUGGUGUUGUGCGGACAAAACCACAAGUAUGGCAAGUUUUUCCUGAAUGGUGUCGAUUAUGUUGGGUCAGCUGAAGGUCUGCUGGGCAACUUGCAGCUCAGCAUCAAUGAGGUUGGUUUGGAUGCUAUCGACGGCUUCAUCCCCGAGAGCUCGGACUGGGCGUUGAGUGAGGUUGCGAUCUGGCGAGGAGCGCUGCGGGAGGACGAGAUAAGAGCUGUGUCAGCUCACAUGAUGCACAUGCUGUCUUCUGGUAGCAGUGCUCCCUACAACCAGACGCUAAACCUCUCCUGCGAGGUUGUGAGCGGUGGAAACUACAUCAUCUCUCCCCACGUGUCAGCUGAAGGUUGCUACUUCCAUUCUUCAAGCUCUCCGUCGACGUGCGAAGCCAGCAUGUUCGGAGCAAGCCGCGUGUGCGUGUGUGCAGCGCCAUGCCUAGAGGACUUCUACGGGGAAGGGGACAACUGCUUUCGAUGUCCCUUCUUCUCUCACUCCUCACCCGCCAGCUCUACCAUCCACGACUGCUCCUGCGAACAAGGCCUCAUGUCGCCUUACGGAAGCUCAUCUGUGCUGGACUGCAUGUGCGAAGCAGGCAGCUACGGUUCAGCUGGCAACUGCUCACUGUGUCCAGCACACAGCACGUCGAUAGCAGGGAGCAGGACAGUAGAUGAGUGCUUGUGCUUGGCAGGUUAUGGCGUGAGAGCGACAGGAUACGGGCGGUUGAUCACGUCCCCCAACGACCAGUGCGAAUUGUACGAAGGAGAAUUCUUUGCCAGCGACACCCCAGGACAGUCAUGCUCACAGAUCUGCGGAUCGAAGAACAUGUCAUGUCUGGAGGAAGCCCAGCUGUUCAGCAAAGAUGACGUGUCUGCUCUCUGUGCUUACUUCAGCUUCCCGGUGUCCGAGUACAUCGCCGAUAGCAGCUCCGAUGCUCCGUCCUACAACCCCACAACCGGGCAAGCUUUCUUCAGCCUCGGGACGCCCGGAACAUGUAGCGCUUCCAACUCUAGCAAUAUCAGAACCUGUCGAUGCACGUGCAAUCGCAACGAGUACGGCGAGGGAAGCACAUGCUCGUCCUGUCCAGCUAACAGCUACUCGGCAUUCUCAGCUCAGCGUCGAUCAAGUUGCAUGUGCAACUCUGGAUACUUCUACGAUGCAGCUCGGGGGGGGUGCCAGCUGUGUCCCAACAGCACGUACACCACAGUGAUGGAGCUGAAAGACAAUGACUUCAAGAGAAACGGGAGCAUGGGAUGGCGAGGCACGGAGAGGACGACGAGCUGUGGGGCAUAUGGAUCAGUGCUGGGAGGCCUCCACGUGCUGGCCGAGCACUCGAGCAUUGAAAAGACCUUUACGAGAUUGUGCAAACAUGUCUCAGUGUAUGUUCAAUUCAAAGUGCUGCUGAUCGACGUGAUCCAGCCUGUCAAGGUAGGACUGUACAUCAACCGUGAGGAGGUUUGGAGCCAAACAUUGCCGGCGAAUAGAUUCUCAGGAUCGGAGUGCGGGUGGAGCGAAGGAGACGGGAUCGUCUCUGAUGUGUUGCGAGUGAACCCGAGGGAGGACUAUGUGGAGGCGAAGCUCCGAGUAGACUAUGACUACUGGGAGGUGAACACAUCGAACGCAAAGACAUUCUGGGGGCUGCAGGAGUUCCGCCUUUUUGUGCCAUGCAUGAGCUCGACUUCAGCUGACUGCACCAUGACGACGCCAUCACGUCAGACGUGUUCGGAUGUCACUUUGAAUGGGGAAGGAAGUUUGUGUAUCCAGUCAGGCGACUUUCUCUACGUGAACUACCCCUACAGAUAUUUGAGCUGGGAAGCGGCGGAGUCGAAGUGCAACGAGCUGGGAAUCGAAGGACACCUCGCUUACUUCCCUGACGCUGAGACGUACGAUGAUGUGGCAGCAGCGUUUGGGCUUAGCUUCGGGUGGAUCGGCUUGCGGAGUGGAGGAGGACCCCUCGGUUUUGACUUCCGUUGGUACCAGGGAGAGGCUCCCACUUUCUCCAGGUUUCCGGCUUUGGUAUUCCUAGAUUCCUAUAAGGAGUUGUGCGUGUACGCAUCCGGGAUACCUUUCCGCCAGACGGAUUGGGAUGUAUCUAAUUGUAGGUCCUCUCGCAGUACUUUUGUGUGCAGCUACCUUGCCAUGAAUUGA